CAAGAUUUUUUUUAUAAAAAAAUUAUAAUUAAAUUUUUCCUUAUAUUAAAUCUCAUUAUAUUUAUUAAGUAAUAAAUUAAACUCUAAUUUAAAUAGUCAUAGUUUUUUAAGAUUAAUUUAAUUCUGUCUUAUUUCCACCUUGACUACUUCUGGCACUAGCACCACUGGCAUAAUAUUACAAAUUAUUAUCAUUAGGGUCAUUUAUAUCUUCGUAAAUAGAAUAAAUUUUUUUUACACCGAUAACUUCUUGUUUUAGAUUUUCUAAAAGUAAAUCUGCUUUUUUUUUGGCAUCCUUAACUGCUUCGCUUAGUAAUUGUUCUCUAGCCAAUUCUAUUUAUUUUUCAUCAGGAGAAAAUCUAACAAAAUCAACAGAAUUAAAUUCAUUAUUAAUAGCAUCAUCAAUCACUUUUCCAGCCUUUUAUGAAUUAGAAGAUUUUAUUAAAAUCGAAUUACUAACUUUAUAUCCUUCAAAAACUCUUUCAUUUUUUUUAGUGUCUUCAUUGAUUUAAUCAAUAUAACUAGAAGAAUCAAUAGUAAAGCCACUAGAAGAAACACUUAAUUCUUCAUCUUUUUUAUAAAUAUCUAAUACUUUUUUGACAACUUCAUUAUUUUUUUAAAGAGCAGUUUUAACAUCUUUAUCCAUAUUUUAGUAAGAAACUUAUAUUUCAAAUUAAGUAUCAUUUAAAGAUAUAGAUGCUGUUCCUUCUACUUUUGAUGGAUCAGAUAGAUUACUUAAGUGUAAUUUACAUUCGCAUUAUUAAUUAGUUUCAUCACAUUAUUAUGAU